UUUUUUUUUUUUUUUUGUUGAUGGAUUAUGAUAGGUUAGGUGGGAUUUUAGUUAUUAUGGAAAAGGGAUUAAAAUCUGUCCUGGUGUAUUUCUUGAUUUACUUUCAUGGGUUUGAAUGGUUUGUUGAUUCUCAUGGACCCAAAAAAUUUGAAUUUUUAAAGCUCAAUCGUUAAUGGUUUAUGGAAAAUUUGCUUCCUUGAGUUUUGCAAGUUGCUUUCUGCAUUUCAAUCCUUCUUCUUUUAUCCAGCUGAAGAAGAAGACAGUAAAGUUUGGUUGAGGAAAUCUGUGGGUGUAGCAAUUUGUUUUAGGGUUUCAAGUUUUGAAUUACUGGGAUAAAGAAGCCAAAAGGUAAAAUAAAUGGAAGAAGAUAGUUCUUGGAUUAGGAGGACAAAGUUUUCACAUACGGUAUGUCAUCGUUUAGAUUCUUCAAGAUUGGUGUCUUUUCCUUUAUCCAUUCCGUCUGAGAGAAAUGCUGGGCUGAAAUCAAGGCCUGGAAAGUCCUCUCCUUAUCAGAAAUCCGUUUCCUUUCCCACUCAGAGAUCAUCAGUUACUAGUGAUUUUCAGAUUCAGCGAAAUCCAAUCACCAACAAGCAGAGAUCUUUAUCUCCUUUGCCUGAAACGACCCUUUCUGAUACUUUUAAGGAAGCAAGGUUUGAUAGGAAGAGAUUUUCAACUCCACAUCCUCGCAGGAAAGAUCACGAUAAGGGAAUCAUGGGAAAGUUUUUCCACAAGGAAUCAUCGGAAACCAAGUCGACUAAUACUUCAUCAAAUUCAAGCCCUCUUUUGCACUUGAAAGGUCAUGAAAAAUCGAAGGGCAAGAAGGAUUCUGCCUGGACAAAGUAUUUUGACCAUGCUGGAGGUAGAGUUAAUGCCGUGGAAGCGGCUGAUGAAUUUAGUGUGGAUAUGUCCCAGCUGUUUUUGGGGCUCAGGUUUGCUCAUGGAGCACAUAGCAGGCUUUACCAUGGUGUAUACAAGGAUGAGCCUGUUGCAGUUAAAAUUAUCAGAGCACCCGAUGAUGAUGAAAAUGGAACUUUAGCCCUUAGAUUAAAGAAUCAAUACGACAGAGAAGUCACGCUUUUAUCUCGCCUUCACCAUCCUAAUGUCAUAAGGUUUGUUGCAGCAUGCAAAAAGCCAGCAGUUUAUUGUGUCAUAACAGAAUAUUUAUCAGAAGGUUCCUUGAGGGCAUACUUGCACAAGCUUGAACAUAAGUUGCUCCCCUUGCCGAAGCUUAUUGCAAUUGCUCUGGACAUUGCUCGUGGAAUGGAAUAUAUACAUUCUCAAGGUGUCAUUCAUCGAGAUCUUAAGCCUGAGAAUGUUCUCAUUGAUCAAGAGUUUCAUUUAAAGAUUGCUGAUUUUGGUAUAGCUUGUGAGGAGGCAUAUUGUGAUGCAUUAGCUGAUGACCCAGGAACUUAUAGAUGGAUGGCACCUGAGAUGAUAAAAAAGAAAUCCUAUGGGAGAAGGGUCGAUGUGUAUAGUUUUGGGCUCAUUUUAUGGGAAAUGGUGGCAGGAACAAUUCCCUAUGAAGAUAUGAAUCCCAUACAAGCUGCUUUUGCCGUAGUAAACAAGAAUUUGAGACCUGUUGUACCACGGGACUGCCCUCCUGCCAUGAGAGCCUUAAUUGAGCAAUGCUGGUCCUUGCAACCUGAGAAGAGGCCCGAAUUUUGGCAAAUCGUGAAGGUAUUAGAGGAAUUUGAGUCUUCGCUUGCCCGUGAUGGGACUCUAAAUUUGGUACAAAACCCAACUUUCCAAGAUCACAAGAAAGGUCUUCUUCAUUGGAUUCAAAAGCUUGGUCCCGUGCACCCUAGUGGCUCCCCCACCCCUACCCCUAAACCUAAAUUCACAUGAGUUUCUCUUAUGGCUUUUGUAGUGCACCAGGUUACUUGUAAUUAAAAGGUUUGUUUCGUAAGCCUCGUUAUUUGUACUCUUCUAUGUCACAUUCAUGUGACAGUGAAUUAAUAGAUUGGUAGGCAUCCAUUGAGGUGAAAAAGAUGUCUUCCCUUCACAGAUAUACAUACACACAUCAAAUUGUUACAUUUUUGGGUAUUUUGAAAAUUGUAAAAGCACUCGGAGAUGGAAAAAAAGAAAGUUCUUUUUGAGAAAUCUAGAAAGCUGAUAUGGCUCUCCUAA